UCUGCACAUUCGCGGACACGUCCUUCCGGGCACAACAAAACAAACUUAACUUGUUAUAACAGAACAGCUUGUAACAGUAUUUAACCAAUUUUAUCUACAGUUAGACUUUUAAAUUUGCUUUGGUUUACUUUGAUUUAGGAAAUCAAUUGUUUUUAAAUUAAAAAUGCCUGUUAAAAGGCGCACCGGUGUUGUCAAAAAUCCCCCAAUUCUUAGUCAUGAAUUUUUCAUUCAAAAUCAUCCUGAUAUUGUUUCUUGCGUGGCCAUGAUAUUCAUCGUUGGACUACUUUUCCAGGCAACUUCUCCUUUGGCUAGCCUUUUUAUCGUAAUGAGCCAUAAUGUUACCGAACUACAUGAGCAAACGGUUCUAUACUCAUAUGGUACUAAAGAUUUGGCUUUGAUUUUCUUCUAUUUCUUAAUUUCAAUAGUUAUGCACGCUGUUGUCCAAGAAUAUUUGCUUGAUAAACUAAACCGCCGGCUUCACCUGUCAAAAAUUAAACACAGUAAAUUCAAUGAAAGUGGUCAACUUUUAUCUUUCUAUUUGGUUUCUAUACUUUGGGCAAUUGAGAUUAUCCGGAGAGAAGGCUAUCUUUGGUCUAUCUCUAAACUUUGGAUUGACUAUCCUUAUCACCACAUGAGUUACAUCUUUAAAUUUUACUUUAUUAUUCAAAUAUCAUACUGGUUACACACUUUUCCCGAACUUUAUUUGCAAAAAAUUAAAAAAGAAGAAAUGGGCCCACGGAUAACAUAUUCGAGUCUUUAUCUCUUCUUCUUCGCUGCCGCUUAUGUGUUAAACUUCACGCGAAUUGCAUUGUGCCUUUCUGUCUUGCAUUACACCGUCGAGGCUUUAUUCCAUUUCUCCAGACUGUGCUACUUUGCUGAUAAAGUACCAUUAUCUGAAUAUGGCUUCAAGCUUUGGAACGUUUUAUUCGUAUUUGUACGUUUAGCAUCAAUCACUCUUUCUGUCUUGACAUUCUGGUAUGGACUAGCUGUUAAUCAAAAGAGUACCUUAUCCUUAUUCGAGGGAAAUUUCAAUACACAAUUAAUUAGAAUCAAUUGCUUAUUAACAUUAUUCUUCCUACAAGCAUGGAUGAUGUGGAAUUUCAUCACAUUCCAUUUGAAACGAAUGCGAGAAAGAGCCACGGAGAAGCAACAGGCUAAAAAGAAAGCAUUCAAGAGUCAACCUAAAAAACCUAAACGUACCGAUGACGAUGUAAAUGAGCUACCUGAAGUAGAUCAAAAUACAAAGAAAAUGGUUACACAAAGGACAGCAGCUAAAACCGGCAAACUUAAGCAUUAGUUUGACCAUAUCAUUAUUAUAUUGAAUAUUCAAUUUUAACAAAUUUAUACAAUGGAUAUAUGAUGAUCAACAUCAAAUAUUAAGUUAUUAAUUAAUUAACGAAAAUUAUUUAAAAUUAUUGAUGGAAAAACAAAUGACUUUUUGUCACAUGAUAACAAAACAAAUUAUUAAUUGUUGUAAUCUUCCUCUCCAAUUUACAAUUUCUCUCUAUGGGUGUUAAAAAAUAUUUUUAUACAUUGAUCUAUCUAUCGAUUGUUUUUUUUGUGUUUCCAAUUUUUUAGUGGCAAUAAUUUUGAAAGGCCUAUCAAAAUCUAAGGUAAAUUUACUUGACGAUGCAAUAGUUAACAAUCGUGACUAUGGAUUCACUUGUAAAUUCAGAAAUCGACAAUCAAAAUAAUAAAUUCAAUCUAUUCUAA